AAACGUCUGCCACUGCCCCAAAACAGAGAUCCCAUCCGAGGAAGUUAGAGAAAAACGACUUUCUGCUUCCUCUGUUUCCAGAUCUCUUUCCUCUGUUCCUAUAUUUCUCUCUCCAAAAUAAUUCUUAUUAUUUUUCUCUGUCUCCAUCAAGUUAUUUUUGGUGUCUUGGCUCUUAUCGGUUUGAUCGGAUCACAGUUGCAGGAACAGUAUUGUACUGAAUAGAACAGUGUUCGUUGCUUUGAAUGGGUUUUUGAGAUUGCUGCCCCUGAGACUUGAACUAUGUUCUGCUGUGGAGAUAAGGAGGAGGAAAACCUCGGUCCACCAGCUAACCAAUAUACCGCACCACCCAGAGGGGGAAAUGCAUAUGGCGGGGUCAGCGACAGAGGAGAGCCCAGGGGUUCCAACAUGGUCAAAAGUGGAGCUCCAGAGAAAGUAUUACCCAUUGAAACACCAGCCAUGUCAUUGGAUGAGUUAAAUAGAUUGACCGGUAACUUUGGUACAAAGGCUUUGAUUGGAGAAGGUUCUUAUGGCCGGGUAUUCUGUGCAAAACUAAGUAAUGGUCAGUCUGCAGCAAUAAAGAAGCUGGAUACCAGUUCAUCACAAGAACCAGACACUGAUUUUACAGCUCAGUUAUCAACAGUUUCAAGACUUAAGCAUGAGUGUUUUGUUGAGUUAAUCGGGUAUUGUUUGGAAGCAAAUAAUCGAAUCUUGGUAUAUCAGUUUGCCACAAAGGGUUCUUUACAUGACAUAUUACAUGGGAGGAAAGGUGUAGAAGGGUCUGCACCUGGUCCAGCUCUAAACUGGAACCAAAGAGUUAAGAUUGCCCAUGGGGCUGCCAAAGGCCUUGAGUUUCUGCAUGAAAAGGUACAGCCACCCAUAGUGCAUCGUGAUAUCAGAUCCAGCAACGUCCUACUUUUUGACGACUUUAUGGCGAAAAUUGCCGAUUUUAACUUGUCAAAUCAGUCUUCUGAUACGGCGGCUCGGCUGCAUUCAACUAGAGUCUUGGGAACAUUUGGCUACCAUGCCCCUGAGUACGCCAUGACAGGGCAGAUAACUCAGAAAAGUGAUGUUUAUAGUUUUGGCGUUGUUCUUCUGGAGCUCUUGACAGGAAGAAAGCCAGUAGACCAUACAAUGCCUAAAGGGCAACAGAGUCUUGUUACUUGGGCAACUCCAAGAUUGAGCGAGGACAAAGUGAAGCAAUGUGUAGAUCCCAAGCUAAACAAUGACUACCCACCAAAGGCAGUUGCUAAGUUGGCAGCAGUUGCAGCACUCUGCGUUCAGUAUGAGGCAGACUUCCGGCCAAAUAUGACAAUCGUUGUCAAGGCUCUCCAGCCACUUCUUAACUCAAAACCGGCAGGCCCGGACUCUCAUCCGUAGUAGAUCUUCCUCAGAAUCAAACCGACCGGUCUUCUGUCAUUUGUAAUCUUGUAACUCUUCCCAUGUUCCUUGUAAUCGUAUUUUCCAUUAUUCUAAUAUUGACUGAAUCAUGCACAGCAACGAGCAUAUGUCUGCUUAAGCUCUUGUGAGUUCCAAAGCAUAAAUGUACUUGGUGUGUAUUCCAUAAUUUUUUCUCCAUGAUUUAGAAUCAAAGAAAAA